AUGUUGCACACCGCCCCAACAAAAGCCUUCCUCUCAAAGGAAAUCCUCUCCAUUCCGUACUUUAGAGAUCAGAUGGUCCAUGUGUCUAUGCAUGGAAAUAUUUACAGUAUUUUCUUUGAUGAGGAACGAAACAGUUUCAGAAUUUAUAAAUUGAAUUUACAGCAUUUAGAGUAUGAUGAAUUGCCAGUUCCGACACAUGAUCAGAAAGAACAAGAUUUAAAGCUUUAUAUUCAAUCUGCAUGUGUGGUUGGAAAUGAUAUUUAUAUUUACGCCGAAAAAGCGUUUUCAUCGGCGUUCAUUUUCAAAAUUUCAUUUUCAAGUAGUGAUGACUCCAUGCCAUCAGACACACCAUUUUGUGAGCUCAUUCAUCAAACGACAAGUGAAUACCAUCGUUUAUAUCUUACCCCACUUAUUGGCGACUCUCAAAGAAAAUGUCUGUAUUUAAUUGGUGGUUGUUAUUUUAAAGGAGGAUACAACAGAGAUGUGUUAAAGUUUGACAUUGAACAACGAACAUGGAGUAUAAUUUCCCAAUUUUAUUAUAGCCCUGCAUUGUAUUUACAAAGUGCUACAUUAUGGAAGAAUCGAUAUAUUGUCAUGUUUGGAGGAUUCAUAACUUCAUGUGCUGCAUGUAGUGAUGUCAUUGCUUUUGAUCUUGACACGAAGGAGUGGUGGACAUGUUACAAAACUACACAUUACGGAGAUGCUGAUUUACUGUCACCCUAUGCACGAUAUAACUCUGGAAUUGCUCUUGUUUCCAAUCAAUAUGCUUCUAAUUUUAUUUCAAACACCACUUCUCAAUCAUUAUUCGAAUUGAACACUUUAUUUAUUUAUGGCGGAUUUAUUGACACCAUUUUGAAGUAUAACAAUGUCACUCGAAUAAUUCAACGUGUUUCCCAUGAAGUAUUAUUAUUCCCAUUGGACGAAUCGAAAUGGGUCAGUGAUGAUGAAAUUCAAACUAUCCAACCUCUGAGUCUCACAGACUAUUGCAAUCCAUGUCCAGAAAAAUUGAAAAUUCAUGAAAUUCCUCAAAACAAUCCAAUCUUUUCCACACAUGGUUUUGAAGAAGACAAUCAAGACGAUUCUUCAGAAUUUAAAAUUCUUCCUGCCACUAUACCUCAAGGACUCUUUCAUUAUUACAAUCCAUGUAAAGGAGAAGAAUGUUUAUUUGUGAUUACCAUGUCCAAUGGUCAAGUCAAUGAAAAGUUUAAGGAUCGAAAUUGUUUAAUCAAAUUAGUCUUGACCAAAGAACAAGGAACUCUUUUUAAGGGCAUUGGUGCUCACAACAACCUCACAGAUACUGUUUUCAUGCAUGAAUAG